AUGCCACCAAAGAGAAAGGCAGAGACAGCCGUGCAGGGCGGGUCGAAGGCAGGGAGGUCUUCGCGCGUGUCGACGCCUGGUGCAGCUACGCCUCGUAGCCUCGAGAGUACUGAUGAUGUGGAGGAAGAUGACGGGCCCGUCGACGAGGUUCUCGAGCGUGACAUCGACAAAAACAUCGAUUUGUUCUCCCUAGAUCGCUUUCAGAAAAGACAUGCCGUUCGGGAGCCGCUCCCGCACAUUUUUGGUGACCGUGACUUCUCGUACCUGGACCUCAAGAAGGAUCACCAGAACCGCCCGCUUUGGAUCGAUCCGCAAAAGGGCAGGAUCAUUCUGGAGAGCUUCAAUCCCUUGGCGGAACAAGCGCAGGACUUUCUAAUUACCAUUGCCGAACCGCUCUCUCGACCGACAUUUAUGCACGAGUACGCCCUCACGACACAUAGUUUGUACGCCGCCGUCUCCGUCGGCCUCUCUCCCACCGACAUCAUUAAUACCCUGGAGCGUUUCCUGAAGACGCCUCUUCCUGAUGAAAUUCGAUCAUUUAUUACGAGUUGCACACAGAGUUAUGGAAAAGUCAAGCUUGUGUUGAAGAAUACCAAGUACUACGUGGAAAGUCCAGACCCAGAGAUGCUGCAAAUGCUGCUCAAAAAUCCUGUCAUAGGACCGCUUCGCGUCCAGGGCACAGAAGAGAUUACUACCUCGGCCGCUCCCAAGAUUGGUGGUUUGGUUAUUCCUGGUACCAAAAACGCUGCUGGUGUUAAGCAGGCAAAUGGUUUGUCCCAGGGUGCUGAACAGCAGAACGAGCAGGCCGUCAACGAAGGCGACGUCUUGGCCACCCUCAACGAAGAGGACGAUGAUGAUCAAGAGGUUACGCACUCCUUCGAGAUUGCUGACAAGGACGUAGAAACUGUCCAGAAGGAGUGUCUGAACCUUGGAUACCCCGUGUUAGAGGAGUACGAUUUUCGUAGAGAUGAGGUCAACUCAAACCUGGAGAUUGACCUGAAGCCCGGCACCCAAAUUCGGCCGUACCAAGAAAAGAGUCUCAGUAAGAUGUUUGGCAAUGGUCGAGCCAAGAGUGGGUUGAUUGUCUUGCCUUGUGGUGCCGGUAAAACGCUCGUGGGCAUCACGGCUGCUUGUACGAUCAAGAAGGGCAUUAUUGUGCUUUGCACCAGUUCCAUGUCGGUCGUACAAUGGAGAAACGAAUUUCUGAAGUGGUCAAACAUCAAUCCAGACGACAUUGUUGCUUUUACAUCAGACUCCAAAGGAUCCGUCUUCACCGGCAGCACUGGCAUCAUUGUUACAACCUACUCCAUGGUGACACAAUCGCGAGCUCGCUCAUACGACGCCGAUAAGAUGAUGAAGUUCCUCACAGGGCGAGAAUGGGGUCUAAUGCUUUUGGACGAAGUGCACGUUGUGCCAGCCAACAUCUUCCGAAAGGUCACGUCCUCCAUCAAGACUCAUUCCAAGCUCGGCCUCACGGCGACUCUUCUCCGAGAAGACGAUAAGAUUUCCGACUUAAACUUCUUAAUCGGACCAAAGCUCUUUGAGGCAAACUGGAUGGAGUUAUCCAAGCAAGGGCACAUCGCGAGGGUACAAUGUGCGGAAGUAUGGUGUUCUAUGCCCACCGAGUUUUACGACGAAUACUUGAGGGCGCCAUCCAGGAAAAAGAACUUGCUGUACAUCAUGAACCCUCGCAAGUUCCAGGCCUGCCAAUACCUGAUCAAUUAUCAUGAGACUAGAGGAGACAAGAUUAUUGUCUUUUCAGACAAUGUGUACGCCUUGAAAGCCUACGCCUUAAAGCUUGGCAAGGCGUUCAUCUACGGCGGUACUGGACAACCCGAGCGCUUGAAAGUUCUUGAGAACUUCCAGCACAACCCUCUGGUGAACACUUUGUUUCUUUCAAAAAUUGGCGACACCUCGCUCGACUUGCCAGAAGCUACGUGUCUCAUACAGAUUUCAUCUCACUACGGCUCUCGACGUCAGGAAGCUCAGCGUCUGGGCCGUAUCUUGCGAGCUAAGCGUCGAAAUGACGAAGGCUUCAACGCCUUUUUCUAUUCUUUAGUUUCCAAAGACACCCAAGAGAUGUACUUUUCAUCCAAACGACAAGCCUUCCUGGUUGAUCAAGGUUACGCCUUCAAGGUGAUUACUCAACUGGCCAAUAUCGAAAAGACGCCUGGGCUGGCAUUUGCCACUGCCGGUGAACGACGAGAGUUGCUGCAAAAGGUUUUGGUGGAGAACGAUUCCAUGGAAGACGAAGAUAUCACGGACGACCUCUUCCAUAGCGGUAGCAUGGGGCGCAAGAAGAAGAAGGGUCCGCGCAGGACUGCGGGCACGCUAGGCGAGCUGAGCGGUGGCCAAGACAUGGCGUAUAUCGAGCAGAACAAGAGAGUGAACCAGGGACUCAAGAAGGGCAAGGGCAAGAAGGACAGCAAUGCAUUUUUCAAGAAGAUUGGACGAGAGAAUGCUAGACGGGCUGCGGCUCAGUAA